AUGAAACGAUUGCUGGAUCACUUUUUGGGUGGCCACGUCAACGAAAGCAAUCGAAAAAACCAAAAACUUUCGUCGGAUUGCUUCUACAUUUCAGUAUUCUAUCAAAAUAUACAAUACAACAAUGUAAUUGAAAUAGAUGUCACUAAACCAUUUCCAGCCUUCGAUGAAAUUGAAGCUAAAUGUAGAACAAUAUGCGUCAAUAUGGAUGAAUCCAAAAUAACCAUCGAAUAUUUCACUAAACACGAGCCCUAUAUAUUUUCGUUGACUGACGAUCACUCUGUAAAACUAAUGAUUGAAUUCUUUAAAAACAAUCCCGAUGAGAAUAAGAUGUUAUAUGUGGCAUUUAGGGACUUAUCAUCAUAUCAUCUUGAUGAUGAGCUUCAGAAUGCCCUUGGUAAUAUGUAUAGGAAUGGUCGUGGAGUGAAAAAAGACGACGCGAAAGCGAUUGAAUGGUAUCUUUUAUCUGCUGGCAAAGGUAACCCUUAUGCCGAGUGCAAUGUUGGACAUUGGCAUGCUUCUUCCCGAAAUUACCAAUCUGCAUUCGAUUGGUACACAAAAUCUGCCAGAAAAGGAAAUAUUGAAGCUCAAUAUGCUCUGGGUAAUUUUUACCUCAAUGGCAACGGUGUUGACAAAAGCAUUACAACUGCCAAAAGUUGGUUUAUCAAGGCAGCCAAAUAUGGUCAUGUUGAAGCUCAACUGCAAUGUGGUGAUAUUAAUUACAACGAGUUAAAUUAUUCAGAAGCAUUGAAAUGGUAUCACAAGGCUGCAGAACAGGGAAAUUUGAAAGCUCAAAUUCGCAUUGGAGAUUAUUACAAUGGCGUCACAAAAGAUGUUCAACAAGCAUUACAAUGGUAUACCAAAGCAGCAGAUCAAGGAAGUUCAGAAGCAUGUUUCAAAUUGGGAGAAAUUUAUUUUGAACAACAAGACUACUCAAAAGCUGUUGCCAACUAUCAAUCUUCCGCAACCAAAAAUUAUCCAGAGGCACAAAAUGCAUUGGGAUAUAUUUGCAAUCUGAAAAAAGAAUAUCCAAAAGCUGUUGCUUGGUUUAACAAAGCAGCUGAGGCAGGACUUGCUGCAGCAAUACACAAUAUAGCGAAUUGUUACUUCAAUGGAACUGGAGUAGAACAGAAAUAUACAGCUGCUUUUCAACAUUUUAGCAAAGCUGCAGCAAAAAAUUACAGUCCUUCUCAGGUCUGUUUGGGUUACAUGUACAAACUUGGAUAUGGCACGCCUGUCAAUUAUGAACAGGCACGACACUGGUUUGAAAAAGCUGCUGAUCAAAAGAAUGCUGAUGGUUGCUUUUUACUGGGCAACUUGUUUGAAUACGGCUAUGGUGUGGAACAAGAUGAUGCCAAAGCAUUUCAUUGGUUUAAAAUGGCUGCCGAGCUGGGGAAUAUAACUGCUCAAACAAAAGUUGGAGAUUGUUAUGAUCAUGGUCGUGGUGUUGUUCAAGAUUCAAAUGAAGCGAAUGUAUGGUACUUGAAAGCUAAACAAUGGGAGACCAAAACAGCGAGUGAUGACAAUUCUCUCAGUAGCGUUAACAUUGAGGAGCCUGAAGGUAGCAGACUUCUGUCACUACUGAACCCAAAUAAGGCCUUUAAUUGUCGAAAUCAAUAA